CAAUAGUGAGGGAGAAACGACGAGCAACGCUGCAUAACAAUUAUCGAUUCGUUGAGUGUGGAGGUUCAGUGACGUCAUUGUCCUCUACUAGGGCACCCCCGAACUGUGCGCGCUCACUGUCUCACUGUGUACAGUUGCCCCAAUCUCCGUCAUUUUCUCUUUCAUAGCACUCUAGAUGUCGUCUCCUGCACCCUUCCAUCUACUCAAACUUCCAACUGUUGUUCUCUCUGACGUAUUGGAUUAUUUGAAAAUAAGUGAUAUAUUCAUACUUCGCGCAACAUCUCGAAAAACUACAUGUGCUGUCAAACAAUCUAUUGGACACGCGAAUAAGCGCCAGAGUGAGGAUCGACGCUUUUUUGAAUUGAAUAUUUAUGCAUGCCAAGAUUACUUUGAAAUAAUCUUUUCGAAGUUGACAGCGCACAUUAAUUUAUAUAAGGGUAGUGAUGUUAAUCGAGUAUUGGAAACAAUUUCGGACUUUCUAGAGAACCUAAGAGUAUGCAUAAACAUUGAUAUAAGCGAUCUUUACAACGAGGGGGAUAUUAAGAGAUUAGUUGCAUUUAUUGUAAGAAAAAAAAUAUCUGUUAAUAACUUGAAGUUUGAAGGAAAAAACAUUUCGAAUAAAUUGUUUCGGGGUUUGUUUAAAAGUAAAGCGACUCGUUUGACAGUGAGGAGGACGGCACAUAAUAUUCAAUUGCAUGAUAUUGAUUUGAUGGUACAUUGUACGAGUGUGACAUUGAGUGGGAUUAAUUUGGACAGUGAUCACUUAAACGUACUCGUCAAGAAAUGGAAGGAAAACAGCAGUCUGGAAUACUUUGUUGCGGGACAAAUGGAAUCGCCUCUUGAAAAAUCUGUCAUUCUUGAAGGGACAAACUCUAGACAACGAUCUGAGGAUACUCGGCUUUAUAGAUAUGAGAAUUACGAAUUUCUCACAACAUGCAACAAUGGAAAGGUAUCUGACUUAACAAUUUUUGAGAAUUGCUUCUUCCUCUUCGUUUUCGGUGAUUUUAUCACAACUUAAUUUUGAUUGCUGAUCAUUUAUAAAAUAAUCUACUUUGUACUCCAAUAAAGCUUGUAUUUGUUUUUAAAAUA